CAGAAAAAGAUACAUAGUGCUGCUUUAAAUUCUGCAGCCUUCACUCGCAAUCCCACAAUGCAUUUCACUUCCUGGAUACCAAUGACAACGCGCAGUAUCCAAGCAUGGCGGUGUUGUGUUGUCUUAUUAUUUUGAUAUAUUUAGAAACCGCGCUUUGCAUUGAAGACACGAACACUACAGGAAACGUUAAUAUCACACUCAGAGACACAAACGACACGUCUGCUGAUCGAAACGAAUCGCUUGAUUUCACGGAUCUUGGAGUCAGUGAAACUCCGGAGUAUUUCCCAGCUCCAACAGCCUGGACUCCAGAAUCUGUGACGGCGUUCCCGGAUCAGACCGAGUCCUCGGAGAGCUCCAUCCCCGACACGAGCCCCGAGUCCCCGCGAGCAGCCACAGCAGCUCAGCCUCUGCCGCUGUCUGGCGUCCUUCCCGCGCCGCUCACCGAAGUCCCCUCAGUCCCUCAGCUGUGUCUGUGCAAUCUUCAGGACGGGCAGUGCGACAUAAACUGCUGCUGUGAUCCGGACUGCACUGAGGAACUGGCCCUGUUCACUGACUGCACAGUAGAAAGAGUCAGUAAAGACCCCAGACUGUGCAACCAGGAUUCAGCUGUGCAUACCCUGAGCUCUACACAAGAGGAUUUAUCUAGUGUCCAGUCCACUGUCCAGCGAGACGUCAACCCAGAUGUCUUCUGUAUUCAGUCUGCUAACUAUGAACAAGGUUCAACAUUUGCUACACCAGAAGUUCCCACUGAGGAGAAUUUUGACUCCCUUUUUGGUCGAUUUUUGGGAUUCUUUGGCCGUUCGAGAGUGACCAGCGCACUUCAAAGCCCUGAUGUGGGAAAUUCAUCAGGAUACCAGUAUGGAGAAGUCAUUCAAACAGUGAAUGAGGCUGAAGAGCAGGGACUCUUCACCUUUCCUGCCUCUGCAGGAACAGCUCACUGCUUAGACGCAAACCCUGCUGGUUUUCUGAAGGACCAGACAAGCAGAUGUAUGAGGAGCUUUGAUUUAGUGCAAGAUUGUGAAACACUAGAAGCUCUGCGCUUGGAAACUUAUAUUAAUUUCAACAUCCGUUCUGGGAAGAUCCAGGAAGCUAAAGUCAUUGGUGUGGAGGUGGCAGCCAUUACUCUGCAGUCUUUAGAGGGCACACAGACACCAGUGGACGCAGCUGACCUUGAGUCUUAUAUUCCUGUGCUUCUGGAGUCUGGUGACGUCUGCAACAACGUUGUACUGCAGGUGAAGUAUACUUUCAGAUACAGUGAAGCUGGGGAAAUCCUGAAUGCGAUAGCAUCAGUUUUGCUGGGAGCCAUUAAAAGCAUUACGGUGCCCAUUCAGCAAGAGUUUCAGAUUACAUUCUUGCAGGACAUCUCUAGCACGCCAGUGUUGCAAUGUAGUGGCAAUCCUGGCUAUGUGGUGGGACGGCCCCUAGUGGCUGGGACAAGAAAAGCAGAUGGGAUAGUUCAGUCUGCUAACCCAAAAGGAUCACUCACUAUCCUUCAAAACUCUGGAGAGCAGGAUUGCUUGUCUGGGUCAUCUCGGCGCUCCCCUGUCCUGUUUGGGAUUGACAUGGUAUCAGGCUGCACUCUGAAGUUGUCCGAUGGAGUUAAUUGUUCUCUGGUAUCUGAAGUCAUUUUGUGGGCGCUAAAAGGCCAGAGCUUUCCGGACCAUGUAGCUUCAUUUGGGAAUUCCUUGCCUCAAAACCCCCUGGACUGGGUUCCAAUACAGAACCAAACCAUAGCAUUGGGUACACAGGCUUGCAGCAUACCACUGUCUUACCAUCUUGAAGUAAAAUGGACCAAGUACGGAACCUUGGUGAACCCCCAGGCUCAGAUUGUGAGCGUCAUGGAGACAAUCAUUACUAACACCAGCAGUUUGGCCCUCCUUAUCAGUGCCGAUGGUCUUCUGUCUGUCACAAGCUCAGUGAGUUUUGUUGAUGUCUCUGCAUCUGCCAGUCCAGGAUUCAAAGCUCCUCCUACAAUUGAUGCUAAACUACCCUUUGACUUUUUCUUUCCAUUUGUAUAAUGGAAUAUUUUAGUUUUUCUCUCUUUUGGCAACAACAUGAAAGGAGGACCACUGUUUCUAUA